AUGAGGAUCCGGACACUUGACGUUUUUUUGGCGACGCUGUACAUGAUGACGACAACGUUCGUCUCGUCCGACGACAUGGCGACCGAUAGCAGAGGCGAUGGUAAAGAGACGGUCGCGCAGCUUCUAGCAAAUGUACAGGCAGCCGUGGCAGACGAUGAAGCGCUUGCCAACAUGUUCGAUAUUACAAAUGCGAGUCAGAUGAGUGAGGAGGAGCUUACGAAGGUAUUGCAGAACAUUUUACCUGUAAGUCUCAGCGAUUCCAGUUUAAACUCCUUAUCAGACUCAAUGGAACCGACGAAGGACGCGUCAGCAGCGGUUGAUACGGUUUCUGGUGCAUUGACGGCCUCACUUUCAGUGACUAUGGUGGUCUUGAUAUCUGUAGCUGCACUCUUUGCCUCCCUGUAG